AAUGCCACUGUCAAAGCAAGGGCGCAUUCUGAGCUUAUAUCCGUUCAAAAGCCAACCCUUCAUCCUCAAUCCUCCCGACUAACCGCAAUUGUUCAUUCUAAUCUUGACUACUUACUAUCGAACAAUUGAUUGUGAAGAUGUCGUCUUCCUCGGAGACAGCUUAUGCCAUGGAGUCGUUGCAUGAACAGCGGUGCGGGACUGAUAGUCCGCCUGACACUGAACGCCAAGAAGAUGUUUCUCAGUCACCGACAGAUUCACUUCCACCUACAGACCGCGGCAAGGACGCAUAUCUAGCUUUGAUGUGCUGCUACUCCGUCUCCUUUGGCAUCUUCCAAGAAUACUACAGCCGUCCAGGAAGCCCCAUCAGCACAGCAUCGUCCGGAACAAUCGCCACCAUCGGAGCCCUACAACAAGGUGUAAUGUAUCUCAUGAUGCCGUUUGCCUUCCUCAUCCUCACGCGGUAUCCGCGGCUGCGUCACCUUUGCGGGCCGCUUGGUCUUGCAGUGACGGUCGCUAGUCUCACUGCGUCAGCGUUUGUGAACACUAUUGCGGGGCUUAUUGCUACACAGGGGGCGCUGUACUCUAUUGGCUGUGGACUGCUGUUUUGUCCGAUUUCGCAUUAUAUGAAUGAGUGGUUUGUUGAGAGGAAGGGAAUGGCGCUGGGGGUUAUGUGGGCUGGCAAGUCGGGGACAGGUAUUGCCAUGCCGUUUGUCUUUGAUGCUCUUCUUCGCCGAAUCGGUCUCAAGGCAACUCUCUUAGCCUGGGCUGGUGCAUCAGCUGCAAUGACACUCCCAACUCUGGUCUUCAUCAAACCAAGAAUCCCACUACACACUCAGGUUCAGGUUCAACCGCUAUCUUUCCGCUUCCUCCGCCAUACAUCUUUUUGGAUGAUGCAAGCCGGUGUGAUCAUACAAUCACUUGGAUAUCUCAUGCCGAGCACGUACCUAGCCAGCUAUGCAUCAACGAUCGGUCUACCAAGUAUCACCGGUCCUAUCCUUCUUGCUUUGUUCUCUGUAGCAUCCGUCCCCGGUGGUAUCGUGCACGGCAUGCUCGGGGACAAAUUCUCAGCAACAAAAUCCGUAACAAUCGCAUCAAUAGGAAGUGCCCUGCCAAUCUGGCUUCUUUGGGGUUUAUCGCUCGACCUUGCAAACCUGGUAGUGUUUGUCAUUGUCUACGGCUUCUUCGCCGGCGGCUUUAGCUCAACAUGGUCCAACAUGUCAACCGACAUCCAAAAAGACGACUCCGCCGCAGAUUCAGCUCUCAUUUUCGGCAUGCUCAUGGGCGGACGAGGUAUCGGCUUUGUCACCGCUGGGCCACUAAGCGGCGCAUUGUUACAAGCAAAAGCACAUCUGUCCAACCAGGCACUAGGCUACGCGACGCAAUACGGACCCAUGAUCAUCUGUACAGGUGUCACUGCUGUGUUUGGUGCUUGGGCGCCUAUAUGGAAGGGCAUGCGAGUUGCCCUAGGAACAUGCAAAAGUCGCUGA